UGUGAGUUUGUUAUUCUUCCAUUUCUUUUCUUCCUUUUCAGUUAAAGUUUCACUCUCUCUCACGCAUAAAGCUUUCCUCUCUAUUUCCAAUAUUAACUUCAACACCAUAUCUUCUUUCUCAACUACUCAUCAAUGAAGGUAACUCGAGUGGGGCUCUGGUCGAUUUGGCUUUAUGGGUUUGUGUUCAUUGCUUUCUCCUUGUAUGUUACUCAGAGGUUACCUUCAUUCAAGGAUGAAAUCCAGAGAUUGCCCAAUUUCAAUCACAACGAUUUCCCCAAUUUGGGCAAUCCCACAAUCACAAUCUUCUCAGCUCCUGUUCCUUUUACUGGUUCAGCUGGGGCCAGGCAGAAUCUCGCUAUUCGGUCUUGGCUUGCUUUGUCUCCUCAAAUCACGGUGAUUCUUUUUACCCAAGACCCUUCUUCUGCGUCUUUCGCCCAUCCCUAUGGUUCGCGAGUUUUGGUCGAUCCCAGUAUCGAUUUCACGUUUCUUGGUACCCCUUUCUUUCAUUCCAUGAUGGAAAGAUCGCGAGCAUUCACAACAGACAUAUCGGUUUUUAUCAAUCCAGAAACUGUUCUUCUGCCUGAUUUUAUUUCCGUCUUAAAUUAUGCCUUUAAACUUGACCACGAUUGGCUUCUCGUGGCUUCUUCGCGAAAUGUUUCUUUCUUCCCAUUUCACUUGGAUGAUUCUGGGAAACAAUGGCUGAGAGAGGAUGGCAAGUGGAUCAGAACCCAGGAGUUGCAGGAGAUGCUCGGUCAGAAUUUUCAGUGGAAUCAUUGUGAUGAUAGGAUUUUUAUGGCAUGGAACAGCAGGAAUGUACCUUUACAUAAUGGAGUGCUUCCUCCUUUCUUGUACGGCAAGGGGAUUCACACUCACUGGGUCAUUAAUGAGGCUGUGUCAUCUGAAUUCAGGUUUGUGUUUGAUGCAAGUUCGACCAUCUCAAGUUUCUAUCUGAAUGAUGACGAACAUCAGUCCAAUCAGUCAGUGAAAAGCUCCAUCUUUUCAGAUGUUAAAAAUAGAAGCUGGGAGAAUGUUGGCAAUUUCCAUCUUGGUGCUACUUAUGGGUCAUUCUUUUUCCAUGAAAUUAAGUAUUCUAGCCUAUUAAAACUAAUUAAGUGUGAUGGGCAAUAUCUAUUUGUUGACUUCACAGAAGACAUUGCUUAUAGAUUUACGGAGCAGGGACUGAACCUAUGGAAUAGAAAGGUUUUGCAUUCCAGGACAAAGAAGAAACAUAUGGCUUGUGUUCACUAUGUUAAAUCACAAGAAAGAAUAUUAGAUUGCUCUCUGAGAGAUCAGUUAAAGGACUUGGCACGAUUAGAUUUUCCAUUUUCCUUGGAAUCACUUCUUUCAGGAACUGCAGAUAAGAAUAAAACAAUCGUGCUUGCUGUUGCUGGAUAUAGUUACAAGGACAUGCUAAUGAGUUGGGUGUGCAGAUUGCGCCACCUCCAGGUUUCAAACUUCUUGAUUUGUGCUCUUGACCAGGAAACAUAUGAGUUCUCUGUGUUGCAGGGCCUUCCUGUUUUCUAUGAUCCAUCAGCUCCAAAAAACAUUAGCUUUGAUGAUUGCCACUUUGGAACCACAUGCUUUCAGAGGGUAACAAAAGUAAAGUCCAAAAUGGUUCUGAGAAUAUUGAAGCUGGGGUACAAUGUACUUCUGAGUGAUGUAGAUGUGUAUUGGUUUGCAAAUCCAUUGCCAAUACUUCGUUCUUAUGGUCCUGCUGUUCUGGUGGCACAGUCUGAUGAAUACAAUAAAGCAGGUCCAGUGAACUUGCCUAGGCGCUUGAACUCUGGCUUUUACUUUGCUCAUUCUGAUGGUUCAACAAUUGCUGCUAUGGAGAAGGUGGUGAAGCAUGCAACAACUUCAGGCCUAUCUGAACAACCAAGCUUUUAUGAUACAUUAUGUGGGGAAGGUGGUUCCAAUCGCAUUAGUGAUGAUAGAUGUGUGGAACCUGAAACAAAUCUGACUGUUCAUUUCUUGGAUAGAAACCUCUUCCCUAAUGGUGCAUACUUAGACCUAUGGCAGAAGAAAAAUGUGAAAAAAGCCUGUGCAAAGAUGGGCUCUCUCAUUCUUCAUAACAAUUGGAUCAGUGGAAGGGUGAAAAAGCUUGAACGUCAGGUUUUGUCAGGUUUGUGGGAGUAUGAUAGUAGCAAAAGGAUGUGUUGCAGGGCACAGUGCUAGAUUGACUAGGUACCAUUGAGACCUCUUCAGUGUUCUGUUGAUUUUUUCUUGUCGUCUUUCCAAAGGUAACUUUGAUUUUCUCGUGGAUGAGAAGAAAAGCAUCUAAUUCCCUUCCAUGUUAUGGGUAUCCUAAGCCUCAGUUUCAUCUUGGUUUCACUGGGAGAACACUAAAUUAGAAAGAGCUGGCCAUGAAAAACAAAUGUAAAGUAUAUCCACCUCGGCAACAUAUAAUAAUGUUGAAAUGCCUCUAGCUGGCACAAUACCCUCCCAUAUUCCCUGCUGCUGGUGUACUGUUAUGAACGUUUGGACCUGAGCUUUUGAUGCUGUCCAUGCUGAAGGCCUGUAUUCAUUUGUUCGGCCAAAGUCGAGGCUCUCACGAAGAGUCUAGAACGAAAAAAGAAUUUGGAAAUUCCCCUAUCACUGGACAUGCGCUUACAGUCAAAAGAUUUUCUGUCAGGAUAGUUCAUGCUGGUGGGCAAGAGGAGUUGUAUCAACAUGCAGUUCCUGCAUCUCACUUGAUGGAAAAAUAUCCUGGGAUGUGUGUUGCCCGGCCAGAAGUUUUCAGAAAUCCCCAGCAGUCCCUGUUAUGCCCAGAUGAGAAUUUGUUGCCUGGUCACAAAUAUCUUAUAAUACCAUCUACUACUGCUCGGAAAUUGAAACAUAAACAAAUGGAGAAGGCAAGAGUCGAAGGAUAUGCUAAAGGUAAAGAUGAGAUGUCAGAUGCAAAUAUCACUUGGGAAGCGGGUAGAGACAUUUCAGAGGACUCUGUUUAUUCUGCAAAAGAAUUUUAUACCUCCAAGGGUAGGUGCUCAAGAGACCCAAAACGUUCUGCGAGGAAGGGUAUUAAACCAAGGAAGCCUUUUGUACCCCCUCUCCUAAAGGCAAGGAUUUUGCAGGGACCAGGGUGGGAACCAAGUCUGACGUCUGUACAAGAACUUUCACCGUGACUAUUUUUUCUACCUCAUGGCUUGUAUCACUAAGUAUUCUGGUAUGUGGUCCUUCCAGAGUUAUUUUUAUUAUCUUUGUUCUGAAUAGUUCCCAAACAGUCAAUUUUGUUCUUUGGUUGCACAAGAAAAGGGAUAGCAAGACAACAAAUUGAAUAUAUGUUUAUUCAGUGUUCUGCUCCCAGGUUUCAUAACUCUUUUGUGGUUGUGGAAGCUGCGUAAACUCUUUUUCAUUUGCAACUCUUCCAUAAUCUCAGACUUCUGCUAAAAUUGAAUAUUUCUCUGUAUGUUAUUACUUUUGAAUUU